AUGGGAACAUCGGCUUGGGUGCCGGAAGGCCCACCCUCGCACAUAGCGGUGGGCGAUUCUGACGACGGUGCUGGAGACGAACUUUAUCCCCUCCCCGAGCCUCUUCAUGCGGAGUCGGUGACGCUCGAAACUGUGCUCGACUCCGCGCAGUCGAACGGCAACGGCCUAUCAUCAGCACGAGAGGUGUCUCCGGCGGAUUCUGACGACGGUGCUGAAGACGAACUUUAUCCCCUUCCCGAGCCUCUCCAUGCGGAGUCGGUGACGCUCGAAACUGUGUUCGACUCCGCGCAGUCGAACGGCAACGGCCAAUCAUCAGCACGAGAGGUGUCUCCGGCGGAUUCUGACGACGGUGCUGAAGACGAACUUUAUCCCCUUCCCGAGCCUCUCCAUGCGGAGUCGGGGACGCUCGAAACUGUGCUCGACUCCGCGCAGUCGAACGGCAACGGCCUAUCAUCAGCACGAGAGGUGUCUCCGGCGGAUUCUGACGACGGUGCUGAAGACGAACUUCAUCCCCUCCCCGAGCCUCUUCAUGCGGAGUCGGGUACGCUCGAAACUGUGUUCGACUCCGCGCAGUCGAACGGCAACGGCCUAUCAUCAACACGAGGGGUGUCUCCGGCGGAUUCUGACGACGGUGCUGAAGACGAACUUUAUCCCCUUCCCGAGCCUCUUCAUGCGGAGUCGGGGACGCUCGAAACUGUGCUCGACUCCGCGCAGUCGAACGGCACCGGCGUGCCAUCAGCACGAGAGGUGUCUCCGGCUCUGGUUUGCUGGGGCGACAGGCGAAUCACACAGCAGCAUCUGGCCGUGGUUGGCGUGGUGCCCGCUAUUUUUGCCGGAGCAGUAGUCCUGUUGUUAUGUCAGUGGCGCUCAUGGCCGACGCGUCUUCGGCAACAGGCGCCGGAAGCGCUUCGACGGGUGAUCAUCCGGGACGCUGACCGAUCGCGCCAGCGGGAGGUCUCCGCCUUUUGGCGUUGGCGGCUGGCGACGGCGACAGGAGUUGUGACCGGCCUCCGCGCCCAAUACGAGCGAGCGGCGCCGGAGCAUGAGACAGACCGCGCCGCCGACCGCGAAGCCGCCCAAGAGCGACGAGAAGCGGCGGUGGGGGUGGAAGCGCUUCGACGGGUGAUCAUCCGGGACGCUGACCGAUCGCGCCAGCGGGAGGUCUCCGCCUUUUGGCGUUGGCGGCUGGCGACGGCGACAGGAGUUGUGACCGGCCUCCGCGCCCAAUACGAGCGAGCGGCGCCGGAGCAUGAGACAGACCGCGCCGCCGACCGCGAAGCCGCCCAAGAGCGACGAGAAGCGGCGGUGGGGGUGGUGACGGCAGUGGAGACAGCGAGACGCGAGAUGGGCGAGACAACCCUCGACGAGACCCGUGAAGCGGCGGCCGCCGACCGGGCGGAGCAGCAAGCCCGCAUGGAGGAGUUGGAAGCCCAGAUACACUCGACGGAGGAGUCUCGGGGCGUUCUUGAGGAGCUGCAGCAGCAGCUGAAGAAAAUCGAGGAGAAACUUGCGGAUAAGGCCCGGGAGGACACCCAGCGCCACCUUCGGCAGAGGCAGCAGGUCCGACACCUCGUGAAGGAGGUAGAGGGCAAGCACAAGGAGGUAGCGGCGACGACGCGGGCGCUCACGGAGGCGAGGCGUGACAGGGGGUCUCUUCAAGUGGAGAGGGAUGGCCUGAGCGUCGCCCUCGCCGCGAAAGAGGGCGCCCUCUCCGCGAUACAGGACCGCGCCCGGGUUGAGCGGGAGGACGCGAUGGCCAAUGCCCGACAGCUAGAGGGCCAGGUGAAGAAGCUGGAAAUGGCACUGGAGGCCUCGUACCUGGACGUCACGGCGGGAGAGGCGGCCACCGCCGGGGCGAGGGCGGAGGCGGAGGAGCACCUUGCGCGCCAGGUCGCGCUUCGUCGGGGGACCCGCCGAGGCGCCCAACGUCUUUGCCAGCUGCAAGUCUCGGCCUUUCGGCUCUGGCGACUGGCGGCGGUGACAACAACCGCCGACAACCAGAGGCUGUCUUUGGCACUCAUGCUGCAGCACGCGCUAGGACGAGUGAUCCAGCGGGCCGCCCGCUCUCACCAGCCACAGAUCUCAGCCUUCUGGCGCUGGAGACUGGCGACGGCGACGGUUACCGCCGCAAUCCUGAGGCAGCGGGAACGGGAGGAGAGCAUCGGGCGCGGGGCUGCGGUCGCGGAGACCCCCCUCAGGAGGCGUGACGCCAGCGCUGAGCCGGCGACCGCCCGGGUCGAAGAAGAACGCCAGGAACUGCCGAAUACCGCAGCAGAUUCCGUGGAACACACCAGGGCCACCUAG